AUGUCAUCUAUACCACCACCUUCCCCUCACAUUCAACACUCAUCUUUGAACCAUGCAUCCUCUUCGAACAGUCAUAGACCACCACCUGUCUCUCAGCAUCUUCCAUUCGAGAGGAUAGAUACUCACUCGAUUAAGCAGCAACUACACGAUUCACUGGGAGAGGACGGUCUUCCUUACUGGAAAGCUCUCAAUGGGUAUCUAUUGGGUCAAAUUGGUAGGGGAGAAUUGGAAGCGAUGGUACGGAGUUGGCUCAAAGGUGACAAGUUGGAACUACAUAAUACUCUCCUUCUUUCGCUACUGAAUAAUGCCUCGAUCCCACCUACUCUAUACACACCUAUGACUCCUGCCAGUGCCAAGAAGAGGAAAAGAGUAUCAUACGAUAAUCCCGAGUUUGACAUUGACGAUGAACAGGUCGAACCUAAAUCGAGGGUUCAAACUUGGAUAAUGGGUAUGGGAGGUAGAGAAAGAGCCAGGGUCAGAAGAGCUAUUUUUGGUAAAGCCACUGCUAAUGGUGAAGAAGAAGAAGUCGAUGAUGAGAUUGUUGGUAAAAAGUUAGGUGCUUGGAGUACUUAUUCACCUAGCUCCCUGAUACCACCAAUCGCCAUCCCCUCAAGACACCUACCUUCAUCUCAUCAACUAUCACUUCGACUAUCACAAUAUGCUCAAACGCAUUCUCUAUCGCUGGCACAAGAUACUUCUGAUGAGAUAGGAGAUUUUCUAGCUGUAGGACUCGACACGCAUGUGGAAGAUAUCUUACAUGGUAUUGUGCAUUUGACUGGACGUGAUAGACCUGGUAUAGGUACUGUUCGGAUACCCAAAGGUACCGUAAACGAAGUGACUUUGCCUUCAAUUGAUCAUCGCAGUCACUCGAGCCUGGGCUUAAAUGGUAUAGACCGUAAUAUUGGUGUCGGCCAUGAUCCAAAAGGAGGACCAGAUUUACCUAAACCAGAUUUGCAAACUUUACAUCAUCUGUUAUUGUUAAACCAAUCUUUACAGCCUCAAGUCUCCCCUGCAAUCUACAAAUUAAUGAAUGGUCAAACGUUCCAUGAACAGUACACAACCACACCGCUCCGAUCACAAUCGCAAUCUGAUCCUAUACCUUCUUCAAUCUCUCAGAAAAACAGGCGCGAUACAAGUAGGAUUGGAACAGCGAACGGGAUGACAAAAGUAAAGAUGAAUGGAGAGGUGAAAUCCGACCUGGUCAUGAACGAAUUGAUGGAAAGUGGUUUAUUGAAAUUGGAUAAAGCAGGAAGACAAUCUGAGAUUGAUGGUGGUGAUGGUAAGAAAGAGAAGAAACAUAAUCUGCAUUGGAAAUACGAAGAUCCAGCUGUUAUAUUGAAAGAUAUUCUGGGGUAA